GGUCGACUACGCAAGUCGUGAAAGUCAAAUUUUCUUCUACGAUUAUCUUGUCAACACCGGGCAAAGUGAGGGGCGGCGCUAUGAACCGUCACCUCCCCCUCCUAUGCGACCCAGGGGGAAAAUGUACGACGAACCUAUGCGGCCACGUCAUGGCAUGCGAGGACCUGGACCCAAGUACCAUCCUUACGACCACGGCUACGAUCGUGGUCCGCCGUUUGUUGAUCGGGGCCCACGACCGUACGACGAAUAUUUCCGAGGUGGCAGCGGCGGUUAUGAUAGCGACGAUUUUGGUCAGGAGCUGCGAGAGUACUCGCGAGAACGCGCGCGGGAACGAGAACCCGAUCGUCGUGUGGAGCCCCAACCACCCCGUCGGCGACAUCAUCGCGGACACCCCCCGGAUAUGGACAGUGAUGGCGAGAGGUACUACUCCCGUCCGGAGCAUUCCGAUGUCUGGCCUGGUGAUGCCGGCAGAGAACGAGGAUCGCCCGAUGUUGACCCGAGGGAGGAUGGUCAUGCUAGAAGAGGAGAGAAAAGAAAGGAUGGGGAUAAACGUGUACAAGAGAGGAGAGUUGAAGAUAAACGGCCAGCUGUGCCAGCUGUGAGAAUGAGGUAAGACAGAAAUAUUUAUAUUAUUUUCAGGUGAGAAUAAGGUGUAUAAAAAUAAAUGGUAUUUCCAUAUCCAGUAACAUCUACAAUGAAAAGUCGAUAAAGAUACGUUAUUGCUAAUAAAGAUAUACAGUAUUACAUUUCUUCUUAGUAUAGUUAAUAACAAAAUCUCAAGUCAUUCCGCAUGCUGGACUGAGCCUACUGAUUUCAGACCGGGAUGAAUGUAAAAACACAAAUACAUUUCAGAUCGGUCUCGGCUGUAACCCUGACAUUGGAACAACACAAUACACAUGGUAACAAAAGCCAUCUAAAAACGAAAAUUUGCCUGGCAAGGGGAGUAAAUUGAAAUUUUUUUGAUUUUCGUACCGGUCUCAUGUAAAUAUGUUGACAAUUUCAAUUUUCAUUCCGGUUUCACUUCGUCCCGGUUUCAUGUAAACGGCGCCUUAAUUAAUGUAAUGUCAGAAUAAGAUCAAGUAUUAAAAAUAAUUUCUAUAUUUAGGUAUGACAGUGAGGAAGAUAUUGAAAAUGCCGAGCCACCACCCCCAGCUGAGAAGAAAGAACGUAGCCGCGACAAGUCAUUACGCAAGAAGCCGAUUGAUGCCCGAGACGAGGACGACAACCCCGACUUUUAUCCGACAGGUUACGACAAGACUUACGAUGAUGGAAAAGUAAAAAGUGUUGUAAGCAAACGGAAAGUAAAAACGAAAGAGGGAACUUCUGCCGAGGAGGAAAUUGUACCACCGGAAGAGUUGCCUUUGCCACCGGAUGAAGAUACCCUGUCUCGCAAAGACGAACGCGGUUCCGAUAAGGCCAGCAAAAAACUGAAAAAAGAAGCCAAAAAGAAACGAAAACACAAAAAAUCGCCGGAGAAUUUGCCCCCCGAUGAAGAACCGCUAAAUAGUAAUCCAGGGCCUGUGGACUUCGAAGAAAAGUACGAGCCCCACGAAUCGCGCGCGGAAAAAUCGCGUGUCAGUCCCGAACCCGAGAGAAAAGUGAGAAAGUCGGAUGUGGUUAUGAAAUCCGUUGUGGUAGAACGACCAAGAUCACCGACUCCUGAAGAACAUUUAACACGUAAACGUGCUCACUCUCCCGAGCGUGACGUCGAAUAUCCACGCGAGGACGACUCGCACCGCGUGGACCACACGCGUGGUGGGAAAAACUCGCGACACGUGGAAUCGGGUCGUCAUGAUAAUAGUCAUCGGUAUGACGAAGUGAAGCCGAAAAAACAACGGCCGUCUACGGAGGCGCCGCCGCCCCCACCCCCACCUCCCCCGUAUAACCAAAACGGAUCUAGUGAUUCGACCUUCCAAACUUCGGGAGCUCCUCGGAAUGCGUUCGUGCCUACGUCGUCGCCGAACAUUGAUGUUUCGGUGCCGUCUCGGAAUACGUUUCAACAACAUCCAACGGAAGUUAAUCCAAGUGUAACUUCCGGUGGAAAUGGAAAACAUGUCAAACCCACUUCCGGUCAUCCAUCGCCAACCAAUUCCCCCGCGACCACUCAGACCGGAAGUAGCAUGGUACCUAAUAGUGACGACACAUUGAUGGAGCUGUUGCGUCGACAUCCGGUGAUGUGGCAAGGACUUUUGGGAUUGAAAAACGAUUCGGCAGCUAUUCAAAUGCAUUAUGUGUCGGGGAACUCGAAAUUGGCUGAGUAUUCGUUGCCCAAAGCAAGUGGAGCCACUGGGCCAAACGGGAUCACGCUUCCCCCGAUCUUGAAGAUUGCUCAACGUAUGAGAAUGGAGUUAUCACAGUUAGACGGCGUCACGAAACGAAUGCAGGUAAGUUUGUAAUGUUUUGAAAUAUCAUUUAGAGUGAUUCGUGUAGAAAUAUUGUCUGUAUGUACGAUAGUCCGUCUCUGUAUUCAUUUUAUAUUUUAUGCUUUACCAGGCUAGUAAACAAUUUUUCAACAGAGACUGUUAUUUAAUGCAAAGUGUAAAAGUUUAGGGAUUGAAAAUAUUCCAAAUGGAAACGAAAUUAUAGCCCUUUGAAAUGUACAGAAGCACCAAACUAAGGCUAGUGAAGCUUGUUUGCUAAUUCUAGCAUAAACUUCGGUAUGUUUAAGACUUAAUUUUUCAAAGACUAAUUAGGAGAAUCUUUCUAAUACCAAAAUAAGUUCAAUGAUCGAGAAUACAUAGUAUUAUAUUUUUACUUUUUCAAAUUGUUAGUCUUGAAGUAUUUUAUAAGACGAUAAUGAUUAUCUUGGUUAAAAUUAAUUUCGGAAGAAAAAAGAAUGAUAACUUUUUUCGAAUCUAAACUCUACGUUUCUGUUCAAAAAAGUUCGAAAGAUGCAAAAUUUGGGCAAGGUAUAAUUAUAUCUGCGGAUCCCCGUUUGUUAUGAGCAGAACUGAUACGCAGAACGGACUUUACAGCAUCUAUAAACCUAGCAUAUAAACUUCGGUAUUUUUAAGACUUAAUUUUUCAAAGAGAAAGAGGAAGAUUAGGGCAUUUUUUCUAAUACGAAAAUAAUCUCUAUUGUCGUUUAAUCCAAUCGCCCUUCUCGUUUCUAGUUCGACAACGAGCAUUGUCUAUUGUUGGCAUUGCCCUGUGGUAGAGACCCACUGGACGUUCAUGCCCAGACGAGAGCUUUGAAAAAUGGUUUUAUUGCCUAUCUUCAACAGAAGCAGGCAGCCGGGAUUAUUAAUAUCGCUCAACCUGGAAGUCAACAGGUAUGGUUCAGAAUUGAAACACUGCCGAAAAUAUUUCGUGCACUUCAAUUAAAUUAGAUAUAAGACUUGCAUAAAAAUCUCACAUCUUGUAGCAAGUCUGCCAACAAGCCGUUCAACAAGUUUGAAACAAGCUGUGAACAACUUGUAACAACCUUGUUGAUAUUAUCAGACUUGUUGCAAAGGUUGUUCCAACAAGUCCGAUACAGCCAUGAUAUAACAAUAUUGUUACAACCUUGUGUCGUCUACCUUGUAACAUUCUUGUUAUAUCAUGACUGUAUCAAACUUGUUAGACCAACCUUGUAACGAGUCUGAUAAUGCCAUCAAGUCUGUUACAAGUUGUCAACAGCUUGUUCCAAACUUGUUACAACAACUGGGAACAAGCAGUACGAACACAACUUGUCGACAGCUUGUGAACAGAUUUGUAACAACUUGUUUGCAGACCCGUAACAACUUGUGCGUUUUUACGUGUGUAGUUUCCGCUUGCCUGCUGUGCCCAAUUACUAAUUUAGUAUUCUUUUGUUUCCAGGCGAGUUUUGUUCUACACGUGUUUCCCCCGUGCGAUUUCACUCAUUCCCAUCUCUCAAGAGUCGCUCCGAAUCUUCUCGACAGCGCUACGGACUCCGGACAUCUGAUGGUCGUGGUUGCAACGGUCUGAAAUCCGACCCGAAGAUAUCGUCUCAUGUACACGCGUAAAAAUACACAACACUUGUUUUAUAACAAGUUGCAACUGGCAAUUUUGUACCAAUUUGACGAAACAACGACACACAUGUUGAUUAACAACCUAGCUACAAAUAUGUUGCGACGUUUUGUUGGCAAAGCCGUGAGAUCAGUGGCGGCGGAACAGAUUUCAUUUUGGGGGGCCUAAAUUUUUUUCCCGUGACCUCCCCCCCCCCCCCCUCCCCAAAAAAA